UUUGUAUACUUCCACGUUAUGUUUAAAAAAUUUUCUCCUACUUUUUUAAAUUGCAAAGUCUUUAAUCAGAUCCUCAAAACUAAUCUUGUGUAACACAUGUGCUUCUAUACUUAAUAGAGAUAAGACAUCCAGUCUGCCUUGUUGCAUAGUUGUUCUGAUGGGAUUUUUAAUAUACUUCAACUAAGAAAAUGAACACUCAGCUGAGCAAUUUGUGACCAUUAAUGUUACAAAUAUACGAAAGCCAAUGUUUACAUUUGGAAAGGCACACUCAGUAUUGUCUUCUACAAUUAUUUUAUAAACUUCAACAGAACUGAAUCUUGUUUUUACAUUUUUUGUUGCAGUGAUCUUAUGGCACACAUAUGAAUGAAACUGCUGAACCUCAGAUGAGCAAUUACUGCUGAAGUCCUCUAGGUGGCUCAGGAGUGUUGACUAGAUAAAGAGGCUGUUUGCUUUGUGGAACUGAAUCAAGAAGCGUGCCACAGAAGUGAACAUCAAACAAUCUGCUUCAGCAGGUACUCCCAGAACUCUGCUUUCUAAGGCAGGCACAGAAGUUUCUUGUCCUCAAGAACAUGGGGGCCAAUGGUGACAAUGGAGUUCUAAGGAAUAUUCUGGUUGGUCUCCACUUAAUGCUGCUGGGAUCUGUCUUUAGACCUUUUGAAUGCAACCUGGAGGUGAUGACAGAGAGAGUCAAAAGGCAGGUGGCUGAGGAGGAAGCCAACUUUGCCAACUACACGUCACCUAUGAAAGAGCAACCCAUGGUCUUCAGCCAUAUAUAUAACAUUAAUGUGCCUCUGGACAGUCUUUGCUCAACUUCCCUAGAGGCAUCAUCUGACCCAGAGGCAAGUUCAGAAGAUGAUCGGAUGACGGAAUACACAGAGCAGACCUCAGACAGUGAGAGCCAGGUCACCUUCACACACAGAAUAAACCUCCCCAAACAGACUUGCAAGUGUGUCGCCUCUUCCCGGGACAUACAGGAGCUGCUGAGCAGAAUUGAGAUGCUGGAGAGGGAGGUGUCUAUACUCCGGGUCCAAUGCAGCUCCAGCUGCUGUCAAGACAGUGCUGCUACAGGACAGCUGGAUUAUCUCCCCCACUGCAGUGGCCAUGGGAACUUCAGCCUGGAAUCCUGUGGCUGUAUCUGUAAUGAAGGCUGGGCUGGAAAGAACUGCUCAGAGCCCCUCUGCCCUAUGAGCUGCUCAAGCCGGGGUGUGUGCAUCGAUGGCCAGUGCAUCUGUGACAGUGACUAUAGUGGAGAAGAUUGCUCAGAGGCCCGCUGUCCAACUGACUGCAGCUUCCGAGGACUCUGCGUGGAUGGAGAGUGCAUAUGUGAAGAGGGCUUUGCUGGAGAGGACUGCAGCGAAAUCAGAUGCCCUGAGGACUGCUCUGGGAAAGGGACAUGUGCCAACGGGACUUGCAUCUGCCAGGAGGGCUAUGUGGGGGAAGACUGUGGGCAGCUGAGAUGCCUCAAUGCCUGCAGUGGGCGUGGAUUCUGUCAAGAGGGUCUCUGUUCUUGCGAGGAAGGCUACCAGGGGCCGGACUGCUCAGAAGUUGCUUCACCCAGCAGUCUGCGAGUGACCGCCAUCAGUGACAGGUCAAUUGACCUCGAAUGGGAGGGGCCAAUGGCUGUGACUGAAUAUGUGAUUUCCUACCAGCCAGCAGUGCCUGGAGGCCUGCAGCUCCAGCAACGAGUUCCUGGGGACUGGAGCAGUGUCAGUAUCAAGGAGCUGGAGCCAGGCCUGCCAUACAACCUCAGCGUCUUUGCAGUCAUCAGUGAUGUGAUCAGUGUCCCUGUCAGUGUCAAGGUGGCCACCCAACUCUCCACUCCACAAGAGCUGCACUUCAAAGCGAUCACAGAGACCACUGUGGAGGUACAAUGGGAACCCUUUCCCUUCUUGUUCGAUGGCUGGGAGAUCAGCUUCAUUCCCAAGGACAAUGAAGGGGGUGUAAUUGCACAGCUCCCUAGCAGCGUGACAACCUUCAACCAGACAGGACUGAAACCAGGUGAGGAGUACACAGUCAAUGUGGUAGCCCUCAAGGAACAAGCCCGGAGUCCACCUGCCUCAGCCAGUGUAUCAACCUUAAUUGAUGGGCCAACCCAGAUACUGGUGCGAGAUAUCUCAGAUACUGUGGCCUUUGUUGAAUGGACUCCACCUCGGGCUAAAGUGGACUAUAUUUUGUUGAAGUAUGGCCUGGAGAAUGGGGAAGGAGGAAAGACCACUUUUCGGCUUCAGCCUCCCUUGAGCCAGUAUUCCAUGCAGGCUCUACGACCUGGCUCAAAAUAUGAGGUCUCCAUUGCUGCUGUCCGUGGGACCAACGAGAGUGAUGCUGCAGUCACCCACUUUGUCACAGAAAUUGAUGCUCCAAAGAACUUGCGUGUACUCUCCCGAACAUUUGACCAACUGGAAUUUGAGUGGGACAACAGUGAGGCAGAAGUAGAGAACUUCAAAGUUGUGUACAGCACUCUGGCUGGUGAGCAGUACCAUGAAGUUCUGGUACCACGUAAGCCAGGGGCCACAACUAAGACUACCCUCACAGAUUUGGUACCAGGAACUGAAUAUGGAGUUGGGAUUUCAGCUGUAAAGGACGGCAAGGAAAGUGUUCCAGCUACUAUGAAUGCAAGGACUGACCUCGACAGUCCUCACGACCUCAUAGUGACAGCUUCCAUGGAGACGUCCAUUUCUGUGUCCUGGACCAAAGCCAAGGGCCCCAUUGACCACUAUCGGGUCACAUUCGUCCCUGCUUCAGGAAUGGCCUCUGAGGUUACUGUUGCCAAGGACAAGUCUGAGCUUACGUUGUCAGACUUGGAGCCUGGGACUGAAUACACGAUCUCUGUUGUUGCUGAGAGAGGCCGUCAGCAGAGCCUUGAGAUCACAGUGGAUGCCUUUACAGGGUUCCGACCAAUCACGCAACUUCAUUUUUCUCAUGUGACUUCCUCCAGUGUGAACAUCACUUGGAGCGAUCCCUCUCCUCCAGCAGAUAAACUGAUACUGAAUUAUACUCCCAAAGACAAGGAGGAAACCAAACAGGUCAUGCUGGACCCUACCAAGAGACACGCCUCCUUGUCUGGCUUGCAGCCAUCCACCGAGUACAUUGUGUCCUUGGUGGCUGCCCAUGGCCCUGUCAGCUCUGAUCCCAUCAUUGGCUCCAUCACAACAGGGAUAGAUCCACCAAGGAACCUAACCAUGGACAAUGUGACUACAGAUUCUGUGACUAUCCAGUGGGCUCCUCCUAUUGCAUCCUUUGACCACUACAGGAUAGCCUGCAAAUCUGCCCAAGGACAAAUUGACAGCAUUGUUGUUGCCAAGAGUAUCACUAAAUACACUCUCAGCCACCUGCAGCCUGCCACUGAGUAUGAGAUCAUCUUGAAGAGUGUACGGGGCAGAGAGGAAAGUGAGCCUCUCUCACACAUCAUGUACACAGCUAUGGAUAAUCCAGAGAGUUUGACUGCCACAAAUAUAACCCCAACAGAAACCCUUUUGAAGUGGGACCCACCCACAGCUGAAGUUGAGAAUUAUGUCAUCGUGCUGACUCAUGACACAGUUGCAGGAGAGACUAUUUUAGUGGAUGGAAUCAAUCAAGAGUAUCAGCUUAUCAAUUUGCUUCCCAGCACCAGUUAUGGAGUCACCAUGUAUGCUACCAAUGGACCCAUCACCAGCAAAAUGAUCUUCACCAACUUUACAACUCUUUUAGAUCCUCCAUCAAAUUUGACAGCAAGCGAAGUGACUCGACGGAGUGCACUUCUUUCUUGGCUGCCUCCCAUGGCUGAGAUUGAAAACUACAUAAUGACCUAUCGGUCACCUGAUGGAAGCCGCAAGGAGCUGAUUGUAGAUGCAGAAGACACUUGGAUCCGCUUAGAAGGGCUGUCAGAAAACACAGAGUACACCGUGCGCCUGCAAGCAGCCCAGGAUACUGUGAGGAGUGCGUUCACCUCCACUGUCUUCACCACAGGAGGCAGAGUGUUUAUGAAUCCUCAAGACUGUGCACAGCAUUUGAUGAAUGGAGACACACUAAGCGGCAUUUACACCAUCUCUCUCAAUGGGGACAUCAGUCAAAGAGUGCAAGUAUACUGUGACAUGACCACGGAUGGUGGUGGAUGGAUUGUGUUCCAGAGACGACAGAAUGGGCUGACAGAUUUCUUUCGGAAGUGGUCAGAGUAUCGUGCUGGCUUUGGAAACUUAGAAGAUGAGUUCUGGCUGGGACUAGAUAACCUGCACAAGAUCACUUCGCAGGGGCGCUAUGAACUGCGGAUAGACAUGAGAGAUGGCCAGGAAACUGCCUACGCCUAUUAUGACAAGUUCUCAAUUGGAGACCCCAGGAGUCUUUACAAGCUCCGAAUCGGGGACUACAAUGGCACCGCAGGGGAUUCACUCACCUACCAUCAGGGACGUCCGUUUUCCACGAAGGAUAGAGACAAUGAUGUUGCUGUUACAAACUGUGCCAUGUCAUACAAAGGAGCCUGGUGGUAUAAGAACUGCCACCGGACUAACCUCAAUGGCAAGUAUGGCGAGUCUCGACAUAGCCAGGGCAUUAACUGGUAUCACUGGAAAGGACAUGAGUUCUCUGUACCUUUUGUGGAAAUGAAGAUGCGGCCCUACAACCAUCGCAAUGCCUUGGGAAGGAAACGGCGGUCCAUGCAGCUGUAAAGUGGCCAGAAUCCCUCUGGACAAGGAUUUCUUUUCUAUUGUUUGCUUGCAUUUUAUAAUAUGAAAAGGAAAGUAUGAGAAUAAUCCAGAGGUAGCAGCCUGCUCUAUACAGAGUGGCUGGGGGAAGCCAUGAUGCCCUGAGAGCUGGCUCACUUUGGUAAGUGAACCACCUUAAUGCUUUGCUGUCAUUCCCGGUGACUUACUGAGUUCCUGUCCAGCCCCAUUUUCAUACAUGAUACAUUAUGUUUGGUUACUUAAUUUUUUUUUCCUGAAGCUGUUAGACAAUGGCUUCAUUGAAGGUUUCCUUCUUAACCCGGUUUCCGUUGUAGGCGCUUCAUUUCAUAUGCCAGCCUGCCCUGCCCUGCCCUGCCAGAGGACUCUAAGGGUACCGCCAGAGCUACUGUUGCUCAUGCUACUGCCAAGCAAUGUUCUCAUGCUGAGCCCUGCCAAUUCAGCCUAUGCCCAUCAGCCAGGAAGGUGAUUACAAGUCUAGGUACUUGUGGAAACUAUUUUUAGGAGCCUCACGAGCCUAUUUGUUUUUAACCCUGGCAUUUGGUCACCUUCAACACGUGUCAAGUGGGACCACUCCAUCCUUCCUGAGCCAAAAAACAUUCACACUUUCUUCCAAAUGGAGACCAUCCCAGGUCACUUUCACAAGAACAGAGCUGAUUACUCAUAUAGAAGUUGUUCAGGGAGUAAAGCCCUCUCUCCUAAUUUACUAUCAACACAUGGUAUUUUACAGGCAUUCCAAAAUACAUUUUUCACAUACCCUUAUUUCUGAUUAGCAAGCACCUUUAUAUGAUUUAAACUUUGCUUCUGAAAGAGGAGCUUAACUGAGAAACAAACAGACUCUUUAAAGAGUCCUCAUCUGUAUUCCUGAAGAGUUCCUUUAUGGAAAUACUUCAAAAUGUGGCGACAUCUACCUAUCUAGGAAGCAACUCUGUGUAGCAGUUGCUCCAAAAUGAAUAGAUAACAAGAUGGGAAGCAAAGACCGAUUUGAUCCUUAGCUGGGGAGAAAUAAAGAGUACAUGCCUGGAAAUGAAAUGUGAAAAGUGCAGAAGCAUCAACUUAGCACCUGACCUGAUCACCUCAUCUUUGUUUGAACACAACCUUUGGAGGAAUGAUUUUUAAAGAAAUAAACCUGCAUGGAGCUGUCCCACCUCAGACAGAGACUUAAAAGAAUCAAGCAAUUAAAUGUUGUCCCAUCAAGCUAUGCCUUUUUCACCAUUCUAGAAGUCACACCAUAAGCCCAGACAUCCCAGAAAAGUUUGUAUAAACUACAACAUAAUAAUAUCCUUGGUGCAUCCAAGGGGCAGUUUGUUCCUAUUUGAAAAUGAUUUACCAUAAAGGUCAAAUUUGUAGAGUGAUCCAUCAUUAGUUAGAUGGGGAACAAUUUGAUUAAAGUUGAAUAGGUGUCUCUAUUUGUGAUAGCUGGCUAGGUAGACCAGUGAGUUGAAUGAAUACAGAGCGAGAAGUUGAGAGUUCAAUUCCCCACUGUGCCACCCAAGAGAAGAGUCAGCCUGUGUGGUCUUUAGCAAGCUGCAUAGUCCCAGAAGAAGGCAAUGAAUGGUAAAUGACUAGUGUCAUAAAAGUACCAUUUAGGUAGAAGACCCUGAAAAGAGCUGCCGUAAGCUGGACCUGACUUGACAGCACAUGAUUUUUAAUUAUGUGACAUUUAGAAAUCAAAGAACAGAACUUGAAGUUAUUUUGGUUGUCAAAAAUCUCUCAUUCAGUAGUGGAUAAAAUGAGCUAUGAAGAGGCUGAAGAGCAUAUUGAAGGUUUCCUUAUUUUCCUCUGUCAGUAAAAUGUUUCUAGCAGACAUGAGAGGAAGAGCACAGCUGUAAGUUGAAAACUCCUAACCUAUGUCACAACACAAACUUUUCUCACAUCCAGGAUUAUGUAGAUGAACUUGCUCUCUUUGGUGAUGGGACUCCAGGCUUUAACCACGGGAUACCUUUGAAAUUUUAUAUCACACACAUAGAAAUAAUACCUCACUCUUCCCUGUAACAUUAACAUGCCUUCAGCUCUAGUUACAGGCUUCCUCUAGCAUGUGUUUCUGGUUUCGCUAUUUAGCAGCAGCAUAAAAGAAACAAUGACCAAUACCAGCCAUUAGAAAAGUCACACAUACAUUGUGAGGCGAAGUCAGAUUCAACAGUAGGCCAGUGCAAAGCUGCCACCCUGUGGGGAGAUCAGGAAAUUGAUUUUCCAAUGCCUUCCAUUUUUUCUUGGCUUCAGACAAGUACACUAUACCACAGCCUUGCAUCCAAACAACAUUUCAGUAAGGUUAAGAACCUGAGAGUUCUCCAGCACAGAAGGUAACUUCUGCACAAUACUAAUUAUGUGCUAUAUUUCAACUUACGGCAACUCUCCCAGUGUUUUUAGGUACAAAGGCUCAGAGCAGUGGUUUUUCCAUUUAUAAAUAUCCUUUAAUAUAGACACCAGUUCUGUAUUUCCCCAUUUAUCAGCAUGGAAAAACAACUCCACAUGGAAGAAAUUAUGAAAAGAAGUUUAGCUGCUAUAAAAAGAAGAAUGGGCAGUCUACUCUGUAGAUUUUUGCUGUGAUGUAGAUGCAUUAUUCUUAUUGUUCUUUAAUUUAGUUACAUCCUUCUCUUCUAUGUUUGAAGUACUCAGAGAAAUAUCAGCAUCCUUGGCUAAUCAUCUCACCCAUCCUACAGUUAGGGUAGCCAAAAUGUAAAUCAGGACAAAACUCCUGCAUUUUGAACUGUUUAUAAUUAGACUUGCUGAGGUCCUAUUGUCUGCCGUUGUAGGAAUCCUGUCUUCUUUUGUAUCUGGCCAGUUCAUCAGCCAUUCUCUUCCCAUAGUACCUGUAGACACACUUUCCUAUUAUCACAAAUAAGGCAGGCAUGAGAACAUAUUUGUUGAGAUAACAACUCCUCUACCAGCAGAAGAACAUGUUUUUAAAAGAAAAGGUUAUACAUAUACUUUAAAAAGUUAGCAUUAAAGUCAGAAAGAUUACAUACAUCACUACAUUACAUCACUAUUUAGAAAAUAUCAUCUAUCUGAUGGGUCCUGCAAAGUCACAAACAGGAUUAUGGAUUCAAAGUCUUUCUGUUAAGCCCUUCAUGCUUUGCCAGUGGAAUUCCAUCUAGUACCAACACAUAUUUUAUUCUUCAGUUUGCUGGUUGAGCUCCACCAUAUAUUGCAUUGAUUGUUGUUACAUGGAAUUCCAUGCAUAACCCUAUUACCAAAAGAGACAUUGGAACAUUCUAUCAAUGAAAUGUAUUAUGUCACAACAAAUUAAGUGUGCUGUCCCUUUAAGAAUAAUCUGGGUUUACAACCACUACCUUCUUCCCUUGCAUUAGAAGAAAGCUGGUCUGUACUUUUAGAAUCCUGACAGAGGCAACAAUAUAACACUGCUAAGGGAACCUAUUAUCUUCGUAAUACAUGUGGAGUCUGAAUUGGUAGUCAGAAUUCAGCAGAGUGAAGGCAGAAAACAAGAGGAACUCAACCUGUUUGUUUUUCAUAUAGAACAUGGUACAGUAGUUUCAGGUCAUUUGCCUCUCAUGGAGAUGGAAACAUUUCAUGAGUCACAAAUAGGUUGGAGACCUACAUCUUGUAAAGGGCCCUUUUUCUAAAUGUUCCUUUUUAUAGUCAAUAUUUACUCCUACCUGACAGGCAUUCCCUAGAAACAACCAGAACCACCUGCAAGAGUGGUGCCAACCACACACUUGUGUUUUGUCAGAAAACAGUCUCCAUAACUGCAGUGUACUUCCUCAGAUGAGAUUCUCACUGAUUCAGGGAGCAUUAAUUAAGUAUCUAUUUAUCUCUAAACACUUUGUAGACACAGAGUUGUUUCAUUCAUAUUGGUUACCUGUUCUUUAAGCUGCAGUAAAGUUCAAACAUACAGCAGCGCACUGUUAUCCACAGGAUCAGUAUCCACUGAUUCAUUUAUCCAUGAUCUGAAAGUACUAAAAAUAUUAGAAGAAAAAAA